GUGGCCCAUGGCUCACCUUGGAGUGAUGGUCCAUAAAUUCCCUCUAAUGAGCCGCAUAUUACCUUGCUGUCAUGUGAAUCACAUUUAAAAUACAACGCAGAGAUUAGGCUACUUGACGAUUACUUGUUGCCAUUAGUUCACCAGCCACCAUGAGCGUCGGGACUCCUUAUAUCGGCAGUAAAAUCGGCUUGAUUUCCAAAGCUCUAAAUCGGUAUGAGGGCAUUUUAUACACCAUCGAUACCGUGAAUUCGACAGUGGUGUUGACAAAAGUGAAGUCAUUUGGAUCAGAGGGCCGACCCACAGACAGGCCAACCCCUCCCAAAGACGACGUCUAUGAGUACAUCAUAUUCAGAGGAAGUGAUAUCAAAGACAUCUCAUUGUGUGAGCCUCCAAAAUCCCACCAUGGCCUGCCCCAGGACACUGCCAUUGUGCAGUCAUCACUCAGCACCUCAGCGUCCUCCUAUAAUCCAACUCCAGGACCAAUCAGUCCCUACAGGAUCCCAUCGUAUAACCAGCUAGCAGCAAACUAUCUGCUCAACCAGCAGUAUGCUGCAUCCCUUGGUUUGGGUGGAACUCAUGGCCCUCAAGUGAGAAGGGGUCCUAUGGUGGAGCAGGCAGUCCAGACUGUGCCUCUAGAUGAGACGGGGCAGAAGAAAGGUCAGAGUCUGUCUCAGGAGCAGCGCAGGGAGACCAGUAGGCCCAUGCAGCGAGCUGCACGAGGGAGCCCACAGCCCCAGAGUCGUUCUGGACCAGGCAGUGGCUCCGAUGUACAGCUUCGGCGUACAACUUCCCAAGCCAAUGACGAGAACAGGCCACCACCAAGGAGGAGACAAGGAGCUCGUAGGCCCAGGAAUCGUAAUCGGGGCCAGCUCCUUGUGAAGAGCUCCAUGCCCAGCACCCUCAAGUUUGAGUCAGACUUCGACUUUGAUUCUGCAAAUGCCCAGUUCGACAAGGAAGCGCUAGAGCGGGAGAUGCAGGACAAAUUGAACAUCAAAGAAACACAGGAUGAAGGGAAGGCGAAACCAGAAGUAGACACUGGUGAGAAGACAGUGGAGAGGGAUCCAUUUGGGCCCAAGUGCUACUAUGACAAGGCCAAAUCCUUCUUUGACAACAUCUCCUCAGACCAUAAAUCCAGACGCACUACCAGGGCAGAGGAGAGGAAGCUGAACGUUGAGACCUUUGGGGUUCCUGGUCGCUUCCUGAGGUUCCGUGGGGGCUACCGCGGCCGGCGAGGGCUAGGGUCCGCACAGCGCCGGCCCUCCCAGCGAACUGGGAGGCUGUGAGGGUCAAGUGAGUAAGGACGCCUCGUUUGAUGCUUGGGUUACCUUGUGCAUGAAUUGCCACUGUGGUUGGUUGUGUAUGUACUUUAGUUUUUGUAGUUAACCAAAAUGUAACAUUUUGCAUUCCAUUAUUUUUCUCUGCCAUCAUGAAGUGUUUUGUAAUGAGAAUUUAUUUUGACUCUUGGGACCCCACACCUGAAUAACUAUAUGAGAAGUGAAAUGCUUUGCUUUUUCUUUAUUUUCUUUGAGCCUAAGGUACAUUUUGGCUUUUGACAUUGUUUUGAAUUUGCUUGUGCUUUUCAUCCUUUUCUGUAUUUGGAUAAAUGGAUGACAUGCAAACUUCCUAAACUGUUCAAGGGAUCAAUUUGAAGGUGAAACUGGUGAGGGUAAAAUACUUCAUGAUAUUGUAAAUAUUACUUAAUAUAAUUAUACUUAACUUAAUUAAAACAGACCAUGUCUGCUAAAAAUAUUGAAUUCCCAUGUAUUGGUUUGUUUUCUAUCAUUUUGAGAAAAUAAGUGUUCAAUUGUUACAACUCAAAUAAACAUGGGAAAUUGCUUAUUCA